AUGACCACUUUUCUUCUCCUACAUAAUUUUUUCAAAUUCUACCUUCCAAAUGUUGAUCGUACUACAGCACAGCCGAUAGUACUGCAAGCGAAGUCUGGUGCUCAGCAAGUUUAUUUUCACACAACUGGAUAUGAAACUGGUCGAUAUGCAAAUAACAUGCGAUGCAGCUGGAUACUGAUGGGUAGCAACAGCAGGAAAAGAAUAAUGCUAACUGUUCAUGAUUCCGACAUUGACGAUGCCUUGUUCUCGAAAUGUGAUGAUUACUGCUCCAUUCAUGAUGGCGAUACAUCAAAAUCACCAGAGGUAGUGCGUUGGUGUGGUGAUAAACAUCCGGAUGCGAUUAUCAGUACUACCGACUCACUUUAUGUGUAUUUCCACAGCGACGAGGUAUUUCAAAGGAAAGGCAUCAAUAUGUCCUUUGUCGAAUUCGAUAUGCUAGGAUGUCCACCGAGCUGGACUUCCAGUUCGGUAGGUUACUGUUAUGUAUUAAAGAGACCGAUUCACGGUUUGACGUGGUUAGAAGCGCAGAAAGAAUGUAGUUUAGUACGUAGCAACCUGCUCACACUGACCUCUGUCAAUGAGUAUUCGUUUGUUGCAGCAAUUUAUACAAAAAGCAAAACACUUCCAUGGAUUGGUUAUAUGGAUCAUAACAGUGAAGGCAGAUUUAUGCCCGUGGAUCCAAACUACGGACCUUGGCCAAAAGACUUGCCGAAACUCACAGGAAGUUCUCCGGGACAAGAGUGCGCCUAUAUGGAUUGGCACAAUAGGAAGAGAGAUAUCUUGGUUGCAGAUGACUGCAGAAAUCGUCAUGAAUAUAUAUGCAAGCGUCGUCAAGAUGGCACGACGAUACCGUACCUUCCACAAGAAAUCAUGCGUAGUAGUCUUGCGAAGUCUCCCAUCAGUUACACCAUCUGGUUAUUUACAAUCCUGCUUGUUCUACUGACGCUUAUCCUACUUUGUUUAUGUUACCGGAAGUGCAGAAAACAACAUGCAUUGUCGCGUAUUGGCAGUUCCGAUGUAAAUCAGCGCCUGGUUACGGAAAUCGAUGUGCAGCACGCUGCUACAUCUACUGUAGUGCCACAUAUCGGGAGCUCCGAAAUCCAGAAAACUGGCAAUGUUGCUAUAAACAGUGACAGUGCUAAAAACGAUGCAAGACUGAUUACAGCAACUGAAAACGUUCGCAAUGUAGUACUAGACGGAAGUUCAUUAAGAAAAGCAAUAGAACAAAAUACUUCGAGUCAAAAUUCGCACUCGUUACGGCAGCUGAACCCGGAACGAAUUGACCCAACAGUUCUGACGAUCGAACCACGUUUUAAUGCCCGCCAAGCGAGCGAGGAGCGACUCUCGGUACCUAGUCGAAGCAAACAAAACCUACUAUUUACCGUACGAGAAAGUACAGUAGGUAGUACAACGAGGGAAGAAGCAUUACUGAAAAUACGACGUGGUGAAUUGUUUGAACGUCCACGCGUUUCAGUUCUGGAUCAUACAUCCGCGAUUAGCCUUGACGAAUUCUGGAACAAAAAUGAAAUCAAUAAUUAA